UUGUCAACGCGUUUGCCAAGGCUACAGAUAUUCUUGGUUAUGAAUCAUUGCCCACAACACAAAGAAAUUGUCAUCAUCUUCGGUUCUAGCUUCCCUUGUAUUUUGUAUUUUCCGCGAAAGAAUUCUCUUCGUCCAACCCCUGCAAACAUACUGAAUUCCAUUUUCUCACUUGUCUCUUUCUCUUCAAUUCCAGCGCGCCAUGAAAAGAGAAAGGCGAGGAAGACAACCCCACCAUCACCCAAUCGACGACGGGAGAAGGAUAAUCAAACAUUUUCAUGAUCAUAACCAAGAACAAGUUGAGCAACAACCGGACCUCAAAAACCCACAUUCAAUGCCUUCCACAUCUCAAUUUGAACCCGCUGAGUCGUCGAGGCCGCCUCAGAAUCGCGGGAGCUCGAAGUGGGUUUCACGAAAUCGGCGUGGCAGUGGUGGUUUCAGACCUCGGUUUGUUGAAAUGGGAAAACAGAAUUGUAACAGGGAAGCGAAGGGGAAGGAAGGGCAAGAAAAACGGUUGGACUCGGAUGAAGAUAUAAGUGGAUUGGGUUCUUUGAGAGAUGAGAAAGCGUGUGAAGAAGGAGGAAAUCGAGGUGGGGUUGAGUCCGGGUUGAAAGGUGAUUCAAACGGAGAGAUGACAGAGGGGUCUGAUUCGGUUAAGGGUUUGGAUGAUAUAGGAAGCAGGUUAAAAGGGUUGCAGCUGGGAGCAGAAGAACCCGAGUUAUUGGAGGAGCUGCUGAGAAUCAAUGACCAAUUGCAGGAAGACGAGUUAGUUGCUAUGGAGUCAAUUUAUGGAGAUAAUAUGUUCAUUCUUUGCAAACAAGGAGACCUGCGAUCUUUUCAGAUUCAUAUACAAGUUGAAGCCCCCAGCGAUCUUACCAUCUCCACAAAACUAACAACCUAUGAUGAUCUUGAGACCAAAACUGACAGUUCAUCCAACUUCUCAUACUCUUUCAAAGUUCAAUAUCUUCCCCCAAUUGUUUUGACAUGUUUAUUACCCAAGUCAUACCCAAGCCAUCUCCCUCCUUAUUUUACCAUCUCAGUUCAGUGGAUGGAUUCUUGGAAAAUCUCUGAACUUUGCUCUGUGCUGGAUUCAGUAUGGAAAGAACAACCAGGACAAGAGGUUAUAUACCGUUGGGUGGAAUGGCUACAAGGUUCUUGUCUUUCUUAUCUUGGUUUUGAUAAAGAAAUUGUUCUUGGUCCUUAUGGUUCAAGAUAUUCUGGAGAUAGGCGUGCAAUUUCAGGAAGCAUCUCACCAGAUGUUGAUGUUCCUUCAAUGAAGAGUUACAAUGAUAAGCAGAACUACAAGAACUUCCUCAGAAACCUUCAUGAAUGCUGCAUCUGUUUUAGUGAAUUUGCAGGCUCAGAGUUUAUUAGAUUGCCUUGUGAGCAUUUCUUUUGUUGGAAAUGCAUGAAAACGUACUCUGACAUGCAUGUAAAGGAAGGAACAAUAAGCAAACUUCUGUGCCCUACUGCAAAAUGUGGAGGCAUGGUCCCACCAGGUUUGCUGAAACGAUUGCUUGGUGAUGAAAAGUUUGAACGUUGGGAGUCACUAAUGCUACAGAAAACACUAGAGUCUAUGACAGACGUAACCUAUUGUCCAAGAUGUGAAACAGCUUGCAUAGAAGAUGAGGACCACCAUGCACAGUGCUCAAACUGUUUAUUUAGCUUUUGUACACUUUGCAGAGGGCGACGCCAUGUUGGAGUCAAAUGUUUGACACCAGAAAUGAGGCUUCGUAUUUUGCAGGGGCGACAGAAUUCAUCUCAACUGAAGGAUGAUCAGAAGCGUCGUGAGGGUGAAAUGAUCAAUGAGUUCCUUAGUGUUAGAGAAAUACUUCGUGAUGCCAAACAGUGCCCAUCAUGCAAGAUAGCAAUCUCAAGAACUGAAGGCUGCAACAAAAUGGUAUGCCAAAACUGUGGAGAGUAUUUCUGCUAUCUUUGUAACAAGGCAAUCAGUGGAUAUGAACACUUCAGGGAGGGGGCAUGUGAACUUUUCCCACAAGAAAUGAUUCAGAACUGGGAGCAGCAGAUUAAUGAUCGUCAAGAGAUAGGUCUGGCUAGACCUGAACUGGUUGCUGAUCGGGGUCAUUCAUGCCCUAUUUGUGGUCAAAUCAAUGUAAAGGCUGGAAAUAACAAUCACAUCUUCUGUUGGGCAUGCCAAAACCAUUACUGCUACUUGUGUAGAAAGAUAGUCAGGCGCAGCUCGCAGCAUUUUGGACCAAAGGGUUGCAAGCAGCACACAGCCGAAUAGUUGGUUUCACGACAACGCGAGUCUGAAAAACAUUCAAAACCAACGAAUACCGAAGCAGAUGCAUCAUGCAUUCAAGCAGCCUAGCUAGGCCAAGCAACAUCUCAAUUCGGUUGAGCUUGGGUUGGGCCAUUGCUUGAGAGCGCAGUCUUCUGCAUGAGGUUUGAAUUUGGGAGUUGGAUUAUGUGCAGAGGAGAAAUAAGUUUGAAUUUUUGUUUGGAGUUGGAGAAAGGAUCAAGAAAUUUGAUCCGUUGUGUAUGCUCACCAACUUAUUCAGGGUCUUUACGAUGUUUUACAGUUAUUUCCUUUUAUUUCUUUAACUGUCGUACAAAUAAUACCACAUAAAUAUAUGUGUGUGUUUAUAUUGGAAGACA